AUGCGUCUCUCAGAUGAAACCUUGCUGGAUAUCAUGGCUCGUUUCCAAGUAGAGAUGGACAAAGGUCUGAAGAAGGAUACAAACCCAACAGCAUCAUUGAAAAUGUUGCCAACUUAUGUAAGGUCAACUCCUGAUGGUUCAGAAAAGGGGGAUUUCCUUGCUCUGGAUCUGGGUGGCUCCAUGUUCAGAGUUCUGAAAGUGAAUGUAUCUGACGAUGGAAAGCAGAAUGUACAUAUGGACAGUCAAUUUUAUCCAACUCCCAGUAAUAUAUCCACUGGAAAUAAAACAGAACUUUUUGAAUAUGUUGUUGACUGCCUUGGUGAUUUCAUAAAGAAGAGACAAAUAACAGAGAAGCUUCCACUUGGAUUCACCUUCUCAUUCCCAUGCAAGCAGACCAAAUUAGAUGAGGGGUUCUUGAUCAACUGGACAAAGGAAUUUAAAGUAAAAGGGAUGCAGGGAAUGGAUGUGGUGAAGACACUGCGCAAAACCCUCAAUAAAAAGAAGAUCCCAAAUGUGGAAGUCAUGGCCAUAGUCAAUGACACAGUAGGAACAAUGAUGACAUGUGGAUUUGAUGACAAGCUGUGUGAAGUUGGAGUCAUUGUAGGAACUGGUACAAAUGCUUGCUACAUGGAGAACCUAAGUAACAUUGACCUUGUUGAAGGUGAUGAAGGGAGGAUGUGCAUUAACACGGAAUGGGGAGCAUUUGGAGAUGAUGGAUCACUGGAAGACAUUAGAACUGAGUUUGAUAAAGAAAUAGAUUUAGGAUCUGUUGACCCUGGAACACAGUUAUUUGAGAAGAUGAUCAGUAGUCUGUACAUGGGAGAACUUGUCCGACUUAUUCUGCUGAAGAUGGCAAAGAAAGGUCUUCUAUUUGGUGGAAAGAUCUCAACGGCUCUCCGCACCAAAGGCACAAUAGAAACUAGUCAAGUGGCAUCCAUGGAGAAAUACAAUGAGGGGCUGUAUAACACUAAGCAAGUAUUGCUUAACCUUGAACUGGAGCCCUCAGAAGAUGAUUGCAUUGCUGUGCAGCAUGUUGCCACCAUUGUGUCAUUCAGAUCAGUCAAUCUGUGUGCAGCUGCUCUGGCGUCAAUACUCACCCGACUUCGGCAAAACAAGAAGUUAGACCGGAUGAGGACCACUGUUGGAAUGGAUGGUACAGUCUAUAAAACUCAUCCUCAAUAUGCUAAACGGCUCCACAAGGUGGUCAGGAGAUUGGUCCCCAAUUGUGAUGUUCGCUUCCUGCUUUCAGAAUGUGGCAGUGGGAGAGGAGCAGCUAUGGUUACAGCAGUGGGUUGUAGACUUCUGAACCAACACAAGAGGAUUGAUGAAGUACUAGACUUGUUCCAUGUCAGUGAUGAGAAACUUUCAGAUGUUAAGCAGAGAAUGUUGACGGAACUAAAAUGUGGACUUCAGAAAGAAACUCAUGACAGAGCCACAGUAAAAAUGUUACCAACAUAUGUUUACGGAACACCUGAUGGGACAGAGAAUGGAAAGUUUCUGGCUUUGGAUCUUGGAGGAACAAACUUCCGAGUGUUGCUAGUGAAAAUCCGCAGUGGAAGGAGGCGCUAUGUGAAAAUGUAUAAUAAGAUCUUUGCCAUUCCUCUGGAGAUAAUGCAAGGAACUGGAGAAGAGCUAUUUGAUCAUAUUGUGGAAUGCAUUGCAGAAUUCUUAGAUUACAUGGGAAUUAAAGGUGCUCCAUUGCCAUUGGGAUUUACAUUUUCCUUCCCAUGUAAACAAGAUCAAAUUGACAAGGGAACAUUGGUGGGAUGGACAAAGGGUUUCAAGGCCACAGACUGUGAAGGACAAGACGUGGUAGAUAUGUUGCGAGAAGCCAUCAAGAGGAGAAAUGAGUUUGACUUGGACAUUGUUGCCAUUGUCAAUGACACAGUUGGGACAAUGAUGACCUGUGGGUAUGAAGACCCAAACUGUGAGAUUGGACUUAUUGCAGGUACUGGUAGCAAUUUGUGUUACAUGGAAGAAAUGAAGAACAUUGAGUUUCUGGAAAGAGAUGAAGGGAGAAUGUGUAUAAACACAGAAUGGGGAGGUUUUGGAGACAAUGAUUGCCUAGCUGACAUCCAGACCCAGUAUGACAGACAUGUGGAUGAGAAGUCACUGAAUCCGGGAAAACAAAGUUAUGAGAAGAUGACCAGUGGCAUGUAUCUCGGAGAAAUUGUGAGACAAAUUUUAAUUGAUCUAACUAAAAAAGGGCUCCUAUUUCGUGGUCAGAUAUCCGAAAGACUGAGGACAAAAGGGAUAUUUGAAACAAAAUUUUUGUCACAGAUUGAAAGUGAUCGUCUAGCCCUCCUUCAAGUCAGGAAGAUCCUACAGCAACUGGGUUUGGACAGUACAUGUGAUGACAGUAUCAUUGUAAAAGAAGUUUGUGGUGCUGUAUCAACAAGAGCAGCAAAGUUAUGUGGGGCUGGGUUGGCGGCUGUUGUAGAUAAAAUAAGAGACAACCGGGCUCUAGACCAUCUCAGAACUACUGUUGGCGUUGAUGGGACCUUGUACAAAUUACAUCCACAUUUCUCCAGGAUUUUGCAGGAAACAGUAAAGAAACUGUCACCAAAAUGUGAUGUGACCUUUAUGUUAUCUGAAGAUGGGAGUGGGAAGGGAGCAGCGCUGAUUACUGCGGUGGCCAAACGUUUUCACAGUCAAGAAGAAGAGAAUAAAAAUUCUUUUGACCUAAACAUUUAA